AUGGCUACGGCAAAGGAUUCCCUGUCGCCGGAUGAGCCUCUACGCAGGCCGAGUUUCCAAGCGUAUACCCCUGCCAACCCAUCACGCCUGGGCCAAACUUGGAAUGCUGAUGACACCUCGACUGAGCGUGACCCUUCGCCUCAGUCUCCUUCUUCCAAUUCGACCAAGUCUCACCGGAGCAUUGCGGGUCUGUCUGCAACAUCAGACCGAAGCGAUGAGUUCUCUGGUACCCGAACAACAUACCCGCCGGUUGGAACCGCCCAAGGUCAAGGCCAGAUAAGGGAAACUCCGAGAAGGUUUCGUGCAGCUAUCCAGAUCCCCCACCCAGCUAUUCAGGUCCCUCGCCCAGCUAUCCAGCCUUUUCACACACAGCUUGAUCACCCAGCUAUCCAGCUCCCUCACCCAACUGUCCCUCUCCCUAACCCAGCUGUCCAGCUCCUUCACCAAGCCACCCAACUCCCUCUCCCUCAGGUGGAUUCUCCCCUACCUGAGGGGUCAUGGGUUAAUAAUAUGGGACAGGUAUUUCCGCCAACACCCCCUGGAUUCGAAGAGAAUGACAGAGGUCAAGCCAGACUGUACAACCUUCCGUUGGGCAUGAUUCCGAGUAGGUAUGCUCCACUGUCUGUCGACCCUAAUCCUCCGCAUAGGUUGAUCCAGGUUUUCGGGCCAUCGCCACCCCCUGUUCCUGGUCCUAUGCUCGGAGAUCAUCCAGGUCCCGAUUUCCCUCGUCCUCCCCUGGGUUCCCAAAUGCCCCCCGGUCCCCCGUUCGGUCAUCACCCAGGUCCCGCACCACCUGGUCUUGCCAUGGGUUCGCCUAUACUCACUGGUCCUCCCCUCGGUCAUCAUCCAGGUCCCCCUUUGCCCGGUCCUCCCGUGGGUUCGUAUAUGCCCGCCGGUCCGCCUCUCGGUCAUCACCCAGGUCCCGCUCCACCUGGUCCUCCGUUCCAUCACCAUCCAGGUCCCGAUUUCCCUCGUCCUCCCCUGGGUUCGCAGGUGCCCAUCGGUCCUCCUCUCGGCCAUCACCCAGGCCCGGCUCUACUUGGUCCUCCCGCGGGUCCGCAUAUGGCCCCUGUUCCUACACUUGGUCAUAAUCAAGGACCCACUGUACCUAGGCUUCCUGAGGGCUCUCGUAUGCUCACUAGUCCUCCGCUUGGUCACCAUCCGGGUCCUGCUUUGCCUGGUCCUCCCGUGGGCUCGCAGAUGCUCACUGGUCCUCAGCUCGGUCAUCGUCCAGUUAACACUUUGCCCGGUCUUCCCGUCAGUUCGCACGAGCUCACGCCUACCGCGAACUACAUGCCACAACUCUCUCACUCCGUGUCGUUUGAUCCGAGUCGAAGCCCGACGCGAGACAGUGGACCAAACAAGACUCCACCUAAUGCAGAAUCCCGUGGCGAUGAUACCUCGCCUAAGGAGUUUGUUCUGAAUCCUACGUCGCCAGUCUGGGCUCCUGGUGACAAUCUUGGAGUCAACUCAACCGAGCCUAACAAGCACUAG